AUGGGGAUUGAAUUGCUUUGCCUCUGUUUCCUAUUCCUGCAAAGAAAUAACUGUGUGCAAGGGACCUGUUCUCAGGGAAGAGCAGUGACUUGUGAAGAUUGUUUGCUUUCCGGAUCACACUGCGCUUGGUGUUUUCAAGAGAAUUACACGGACUCGGCUGGAAUUCAUGGGAGGUGUGAUACCCCAGAAAACCUUUUGUCAAAAGGAUGCCAGUUGAAUUUGAUUGAAUUUCCCAUUUCAGAAGUAGAAAUUCACAGAAACAAGCCCCUAACUGUAGCGACCCAGAACAAUUCUGAUGUCACACAGAUUUCUCCUCAAAAAUUAACUCUCAGGCUGCGACCAGGACAUGAAGAAACAAUACAGAUCAAGGUUCGCCAAACUGAAGAUUAUCCAAUUGAUCUCUAUUACCUCAUGGAUCUUUCAGCCUCCAUGGAUGAUGAUCUGAAUACAAUCAAAGAACUGGGUUCAACUCUUUCCAAAGAAAUGUCAAAACUGACAAGCAACUUCAGACUGGGGUUUGGCUCUUUUGUUGAAAAACCAGUUUCACCGUUUAUCAAAACUACAGCUGAAGAAAUAAACAACCCUUGCAGAAGUGUGCCAUACGAGUGCUUACCCACCUUUGGAUACAAACAUGUUUUGCCACUAACAAAUGAUGCUGAAAAAUUCAAUGAAAUUGUGAAAGGACAGCGAAUCUCUGCUAAUAUAGACACUCCAGAAGGAGGAUUCGAUGCAAUUAUGCAGGCAGCUGUUUGCAAGGAAAAAAUUGGAUGGAGGAAUGAUUCUCUACAUUUGCUGGUGUUUGUGACUGAUGCUGAUUCCCAUUUUGGGAUGGACAGUAAACUAGCAGGGAUUGUUAUUCCUAAUGAUGGGAACUGUCAUUUGGACCACAAUAAUGAAUAUUCCAUGUCAACUGUUCUGGAGUAUCCCACAAUUGGACAAUUAAUUGACAAACUUGUGCAAAACAAUGUUUUACUGAUUUUUGCUGUAACGAAAGAGCAAGUUCACAUAUAUGAGAACUAUGCAAAGCUUAUUCCUGGAGCUACUGUUGGACGACUACAGAAGGAUUCUGGAAAUAUUCUCCAGUUGAUCAUUGCUGCAUAUCAGGAGCUGAGGUCCGAGGUGGAACUGGAGGUCUUGGGAGAGACAGAAGGGCUCAAUCUCUCUUUCACGGCCAUCUGUAACAACGGGACCCUUUUUCCACGUCAGAGGAACUGCUCUCAUGUGAAAGUGGGAGACACAGUCUCUUUCAACGUGACUGUAGGUCUCUCCUCUUGUGAAAAAACCAGAAGGCAUAUUGUGAUAAAACCAGUGGGGCUCAGUGACACACUGGAAAUAGAAAUUCAUCCCCAAUGCAGCUGUAACUGUCAGGCAAAGGCCGAGAUGAACAGCCCAAAAUGCAACAGAGGGAAAGGAUCGUUCGAGUGCGGGGUGUGCGUCUGCAGCCCGGGGUACGUGGGGCCACGCUGUGAAUGCGAUGAGAGCUCCCUCGGCACCAGCUCCUGCAAGGACUCGGCAGAGCAGAGCUCCUGCAGCGGGAGAGGUGACUGCUACUGCGGGCAGUGCGUUUGCCACCCAUCCCUGUACGGAAAGGUGUACGGGCCACGCUGUGAAUGCGAUGACUUCUCGUGUGUGAGACACAGAGGGCUCCAGUGUGGAGGCAAUGGUGACUGUGAUUGUGGGGAAUGCACGUGCCACAGUGGAUGGACUGGUGAAUACUGUAAUUGCACAACUGACACCAGCGCCUGCAUUGCUGAGGAUGGGACGCUGUGCAGUGGGAGAGGCGAAUGCAUCUGUGGGACAUGUGCUUGCACCCAUCCGGGGGCUUCAGGCCAAACGUGUGAAAAAUGCCCUCUCUGCGGUGACCCUUGCAGUUCCAGGCGGAGCUGUGUGGAAUGUCACUUGGCUUCUGAUGACAAGUCACCGGGAGAAUGCAGUGAAAAAUGCAAAUUGGUUGAUGCGACUGUCAGCACUGCAGAGGAUUAUUCAGAGGAUAAAUCCAUUCCCUGCUCUUUGCAGGGGGAAAAUGAAUGUAUAACCACAUUUCUACUGGCUAUGGAUGAACAGGGAAGGACAGUCAUUCAUAGCAUAGAACAGAAAGAUUGCGCACAGCUUCCAAAUAUCCCAAUGAUAAUGGUGGGUGUCACUCUCGCUAUCCUUCUCAUUGGCAUUGUUUUACUUUGUAUAUGGAAAUUACUGGUAUCGGUUCAAGAUCGGAAAGAGGUGGCCAAGUUUGAAGCAGAAAAAUCGAAAGUUAAAUGGCAAACGGAAACAAAUCCACUGUACAGAGGCUCAACAACCACUUUUAAAAAUGUAACUUACAGAAACCAAGAAAAGCAAAAAGGGGCCAUGGCUGCAGAUUUCUACUAG